AUGGAGUACUGGUGGAUACUGUUGUCGAUGGCUAUGGGAACUCUUGGAGCUAUCCAUUUUUUCUAUGGAAAUUACAAUUUCUUUCAAAGACGCGGUGUCAUUUAUAUACCACCUAUUCCAAUAUUAGGCGCUAUGGCACCAGUCAUAUUUCGUCGAAUAUCAUUUGCUGAUUUUAUCCAUAAUAACGAUGUCGACAUAAAAAAUUUCUUCACGAAAUAUACGAGUGACGUCAUCGCCAUGUGUGUUUAUGGAGUCAAAGUCGAUUCUAUGAAGGAUCCGACAAACAAAUUCUAUAUUUAUGGCAAAGACAUCUCGGAGAUCAACAUAAUAAAGAUUGUUUUUUUUCGAACCUUCCCCCGACUCUGGCGAAUUCUCAAUUUAAAGUUAAUAAAUAAACGCGUGUCGAAGUUUUUCGAAAACUUUAUAAGAGUCACGCUCGCCACACGUGAUGCCGAACAAGUUACACAUUCGGAUAUGAUACAGUUGAUGAUGAACAUCAAGGAUAAACAGGAUCGAAGAAAAUUGAAUAGCGACGAAAUAACUGCACAAACAUUCUUGUUUUUCUUUGGUGGCUACGAGACCACUUCAACUACGUUAUCUUUCGCAGCUUAUGAAAUCGCGGCUAAUCCGGAAGUUCAGACUAGAUUGCAACAAGAGAUUGACAAAAUCCUGGAAGAAUCGAAUUCUGAAGAAGUGACCUAUAAAGUUAUUAAUCGUCUCGAAUAUCUAGAUGCAGUCGUAAAAGAAGUUCUCAGAUUUUAUGCACCGACUUUCUUGGAAAGAGUAUGCGACAAAAAUUGUGAAUUUCCACCAGCAUUGCCGGGUGAGAAGCCUUUUUUCGUGGAGAAGGGCACGAUUUGCUGGAUCCCAGUUUUUGCGAUUCAUCAUGAUAAUAAAUACUACGAAAACCCGGACAAAUUUUAUCCAGAGAGAUUUUUGAACAAUAAAAUGUAUGACAACUCGUUUUGCUACAUGCCGUUUGGAUUAGGACCAAGGAUGUGCCUAGGUAAUAGAUUCGCUGUGAUGAAAAUUAAGCUGUUAUUGUUUCAUCUGUUAGCGCGAUGCAAUCUGAAACCGUGUCCGAAAACCAUAUUACCGUUGAGAUUCAGCAAGAAAGAUAUAAUAAUGAGACCAGAAGGUGGAUUCUGGUUGAAUAUUCAAUGUAGAAAUAAGAAUGUGCAACCUACAUCCACAUAGAAAAAAAUUCUGCAAUUUAAUAGAAUUUAAUAGAAUUUUAAUCAAA